AUGGCAGCUGAGUUCACAGAGAUGGACGGCUUCUGGGUGCUGGGUGCAGGAAGGAAUGGGGAGUUGGGGAUAAAGGGGACAGAGUUUGAGAUGAGGCUUGGUCACCUUGUUGCUGUCUGUGUAAACACACACUAUAACGUUCCACAGCUAGGAAACAGCCAACCAUGCUUUCUGAGAACUCUUAGGCAAUGUGCAAGGCUAUGUCAAAACAGAACUCAGGCCCAGGACAAAGCCACAGUCAUGCACAUGAGAACACCAGCCGCCAAUACUGUCAAGAGAUCAAUAACUCCCAACGUUACCACUACUCCCAUUUCCUCUCAUCCAGCCCUCCAGCUGGUGAGCAAAUGCUCUUUACCUGUCGUAGGUGGGAAAGCUGGGCAGCAAGGCUGUCCAGAGAGAGCUCCAGCCAUCUUGAUCACAUUUGCCUUCUUCUCUAGGGUGGUGAAAUUCCGCCGCACAGGAGAGAGCGCAAGGUCAGAGGACGAUGUGGCUUCCGGAGAGCAUGAUGUUCAGAUCGAGGGGGUCCGAGUGGGCCUAGAAGCAGUUGAGCUGGAUGAUGGGGCUGCUGUGCCCAAGGAGUUUGCCAAUCCCACUGACGACACUUUCAUGGUGGAAGAUGCAGUGGAAGCCAUUGGGUUUGGAAGAUUUCAGUGGAAGCUCUCUGUUCUCACUGGCUUGGCUUGGAUGGCCGACGCCAUGGAGAUGAUGAUCCUGAGCAUCCUGGCACCUCAGCUGCACUGUGAGUGGCGACUGCCCAGCUGGCAGGUGGCACUGCUGACUUCGGUGGUGUUCAUCGGCAUGAUGUCCAGUUCCACGCUCUGGGGAAACAUCUCAGAUCAGUACGGCAGGAAAACAGGGCUGAAGAUCAGUGUGCUCUGGACCCUGUACUACGGUGUCCUCAGUGCUUUCGCGCCCGUGUAUAGUUGGAUCCUGGUCAUCCGAGGCCUGGUGGGCUUUGGGAUCGGAGGUGUGCCCCAGUCGGUGACGCUGUACGCUGAGUUUCUUCCCAUGAAAGCCAGAGCCAAGUGCAUUUUGCUGAUAGAGGUCUUCUGGGCCAUCGGGACGGUGUUCGAAGUCCUCCUGGCUGUGUUCGUGAUGCCCAGCCUGGGCUGGCGCUGGCUGCUGAUGCUCUCGGCUGCCCCGCUGCUCCUCUUCGCUGUUCUGUGUUUCUGGCUGCCAGAGAGUGCUAGGUAUGACGUGCUGUCUGGGAACCAGGAGAAGGCAAUUGCCACCUUAAAGCGGAUAGCAACAGAAAAUGGAGCCCCCAUGCCUCUGGGAAAGCUCAUCAUCUCCAGACAGGAAGACAGAGGCAAAAUGAGGGAUCUUUUUACACCCCACUUUCGCUGGACAACUCUCCUGCUGUGGUUUAUAUGGUUUUCCAAUGCCUUUUCUUACUACGGCUUGGUUCUGCUCACCACGGAACUCUUCCAGGCAGGAGAUGUCUGCAGCAUCUCCAGCCGGAAGAAGGCAGUGGAAGCCAAAUGCAGCUUGGCCUGUGAGUACCUGAGCAAGGAGGAUUACAUGGACCUACUGUGGACCACCCUGUCUGAGUUCCCAGGCGUCCUUGUGACUUUGUGGGUCAUUGACCGCCUGGGCCGCAAGAAGACCAUGGCCUUGUGUUUCCUCGUCUUCUCCCUCUGCAGCCUCCUACUCUUCGUCUGCAUUGGAAGAAAUGUGCUCACCCUCCUACUCUUCAUUGCAAGAGCAUUUAUUUCUGGAGGCUUCCAAGCAGCCUACGUUUACACACCUGAGGUGUACCCCACGGCGACGAGGGCACUGGGCCUGGGCACCUGCAGCGGCAUGGCAAGAGUGGGUGCUCUCAUUACUCCGUUCAUUGCUCAGGUGAUGCUGGAAUCUUCUGUGUACCUGACCUUGGCUGUCUACAGUGGCUGCUGCCUCUUAGCUGCUGUGGCCUCCUGCUUUUUGCCCAUCGAGACCAAAGGCCGAGGACUACAGGAGUCUAGCCACCGGGAGUGGGGCCAGGAGAUGGUUGGUCGAGGGACCAGCAAUGCAGAUGUCCCCAGGUCGAACUCUGGCUCUCAGGAAUAAUGACCCUGGGAGCUGAGUUGGUCUUGAGGUUAGGGAGCUGGCAGAGCCCAGCCGGGCCACUUAUGGUCACUGCCGA